CGUGAAAUGUAAACAUGCAUGGGCAUCCCUUCUCAGUUUUUGCAGUCAAGAAUCGUGUCUCAGCCUCUCUCCCGUCGCCGUCGUCAGUCUCCCCAUGGCCACCACUGCUCCGACCGGUUCUCCACCGUCACCACCAUCUCUUACUCACCCACCACCACCACGGAAGCUAACAUCCGUUAAAGCACUAUCCGAAUCGCCCGGCCUUUCUUCCAUCCCUUCCAUUUACACCUUCCCAAAACAACCCAACCACGAACCAGUUUCAGACACGAAAGAACCAAUCCCCACCAUCGAUUUCUCCCUCCUCAUCUCUAGUAAUCCCGAUGAACGGUCUAAAACCAUCCGAGAACUUGGAAAAGCCUGCCGGGACUGGGGCUUCUUCAUGGUGACCAAUCAUGGGGUGCCGGAGAGGAUGAUGAAGGCAAUGAUAGAGGUUUGUAGGGAAUUUUUCGAGCUAACAGAGGAAGAAAAGGGAGAAAGUGAAGGGAAACAUGUAUUGGAUCCUAUAAGAUAUGGGACAAGUUUCAACCCAUCAGUGGAUAAAAUUUUGUAUUGGAGAGAUUAUCUCAAGAUUUUUCAGCAUCCUGCCUUUCACUCACCCAGCAAUCCCCCUUCCUUCAGAGAAAUUGCAUUAGACUACAGCAAAAGAACCCGAGGAGUAAUGAAAGAAAUAGUGAGAGGAAUAUCAGAAAGCUUGGGGUUAGAAGACAAAUACAUUGAGAAGGCCUCAAAUCUGGAAAAUUGCCUACAGAUUAUGAUAGCAAACUUGUAUCCACCAUGUCCACAGCCAGAACUCGCCAUGGGGUUGCCCGCUCACUCCGACCAUGGUCUUUUGACCCUUCUCAUCCAAAACGACACUGUGGGGCUUCAAGUGCUACACAAAGACAAAUGGGUCAAUAUCUACCCCAUCCCAAAUUCAUUUCUAGCCAACAUUGGGGACCAUAUUGAGAUUCUGAGCCACGGGAAGUAUAAAAGUGUACUCCAUCAAGCUGUGGUAAAUGAUAGAGAUGUAAGGAUAUCCAUAGCACUGGCGCAUGGACCGGCCGCGGACGCCGCAGUGAGUCCGGCUCCAAUGCUGCUGGAAGAUGGUCAGAACCCAUUGGCAUACCGAGCAAUGAAAUAUAAAGAAUACGUGGAGCUUCAACAAAGCAACAAGCUCGAUGGGAAAUCUUGCUUGGAACAUAUACGAAAUAGAGGGAUUUAAUUUCUAGUGUAAUUUUUGUUUGCAAAUGAGUAAAUCUUUCUAAAUUUGGGUUAAUUUCGGGUUCGGAUUAUUUUAUGUUCGAAUAAUUUGGGGUUUGAAAUUCUAGCUUUUAGAUUAAAUAAUUACAAUCACUAUAAGUAGAGCAAAAAAUGAAUCGAACUUGAAUGAACGAUCUUUAUUCAUGUUUA